AUGCGGUUCUCUUUUAUACUUGCCAGUAUUGCCAUAUGUCUAACAGUAGAUGCUCUCCCUUUGGGCUCUAUUCGACGCGAAAAUAUCAUUGAAAAAAACACUCUUGGCCCUAGACAGACUGUGGAGUUAAAGGGAAAAUUUUUACAUGUUACGGAUAUUCAUCUUGAUGCAUAUUACUUGGCAAAAACGGAUCCUUCGAACCUAUGCCACCGUAAAAGCUCAAAGGAUUCCAAAAACGUGUCUGGUAAAUUUGGAGCGCUUGGUACUGACUGUGACUCUCCUACAUCCUUAGUGCAAGCCUCUUUUGAUUUUAUGAAGCAAUCCCUGAGUGAUGUUGAUUUUGUUAUCUACACCGGAGAUACGGCACGACAUGACAGAGACGACUCACUAAAGAUUACAGAUAAAGAUAUUCUGGAAGAGCAUACUGUUGUGACUCAGUAUUUUAAAGACACUUAUAAUAUUCCAGCCAUCCCAUUUAUUCCUACUAUUGGAAAUAACGAUGGGUUUAACCACAAUGAUGUAGUUAUUGAAGAUCCUAUAUUCAAGUCUCUUAAGACCAUCUGGGCUCCAUUCAACCUAAAUUUGACCGAUGAUUUCAGUGAGGGUGGUUAUUUUGUUCAAGACAUCAUUCCAGGAAAACUACAGGCUAUGAGCAUAAAUACAAUGUACUUCUUUUCCAAGAACUCUGAAGCCAAGAAUUGCAAUACUGCUGGUACCUCUGGUGCCUUACAAAUUACUUGGAUGAAGAAGGUUCUGGACGCCGCCCGGACAAAGAAAACAAGUGUCUAUGUUGUUGGACACGUUCCUCCUAACGAUGAUGACGCCUCUGAACUUUACAAGUCCUCUUGUCACGAACUGUAUAUUGAUUUGCUAGGCUCUUAUGGCGAUGUGAUUGCUGGACAUUUCACAGGUCAUACAAACUCUGAUAUGUUGACCGCCAUUGUUAAGGAUGGAUCAAGUUAUUCGUCUCUUUCGGCUGUAGACGAUAGUAGCGAGCUUACUUCAUCGUCUAUGGUUGAUCCAAAUGUUGCAACUGUGCUGUUCAACGCCCCAUCUAUCAUUCCCGUAAACAAUCCAGCCAUUCGUGUCUAUAACUAUGAGACCCAGGGAACUGAAAAUCCUUUUGGUACUAUUCUCGACUGGAUACAAUACUAUGCUGACCUUGAAGAGGCUAAUGACAGUGGAGAGUUGGAAUAUAAAAUUGAAUAUCAAGCCUCAGAACUUUUUGGUAUAGAGACUUUCGAUGCCGCUGGUGUUUCUAAAGCCUUUACAAAGCUUGCAACGGACAAGACUAUCCGCAAAAAAUACAUUAGCUACGUAUCGACUAAAGCCUAUGAAUCAAUGUUUUUGGACUGGAAUUAUUAUAGCAAUGUAGAAAUCUCAAAUUUGGAAACAUAUGUCGCUAUGAGAUCUAGCUUUUGCUAUGCUAUAUUCAAGUAA